AUGGAUUUAGACACAAGGUUGUGCUUCAGUGUAGCUGCUGCUGAUGAUGCUGUGUUGUGGCUCUCAGCUUUAGAUGAUGACCCCAGCGUUCUCAGAGUAGAAAUGUCAUGUGGCCAUGCGGCAUCUUCAGAGUCGCUGACUGCCUGGUGUCGCAGUCUGCUGGACCAAGGUCAGUAUAAAUUUUACUGACCAGCUAUCACACACAGGGCAGUAAAAUGUAAAGCAGAGUGGCCGUACUCGGAGGUCAGGAGACUGGCGGUGUUUAGUGAUUCGGAGCGGGCUCAUUUCGAGGAGAACAUGGCUCUUCUGGCGGCAGCUGAGUUCUGCGAGUUCAAAUCCUGUCCGAGCUGUGAGUCCUAUGUUGAGCGGGAAGACCUGAGUAAUCUCGGUGUGAAAUGCACCAUCUGCACAAAAAACACCUGCUAUCAGUUCUGCUGGCAGUGCAUGAGAGAAUGGAAAGGAGCAGCUCUAUACUGUGGUUAUGAUGACUGCGUCAACCCAGAUAUUGACAAGCUAGCAAAGUGUAGAAAUGUGACCCUGCCUUCUGUGCACAAUGUGGAGUGUCCUGCCAUCCGAGCCUGCCCGACCUGCGGGCACAACGGCUUCGCUUGUAAGAAUCUUAGGUGUAAGCGCUGCAAAGUGGAGUUUUGCUUCCUUUGCCUAAAGCUGAAGAGUAUUUGCAGUAUGAUAAACGGGCCUUACGAGGUUUGCUCGGUGGCACCACGACAGAAUCAGAUUCCAGUUUGGAAGAGAUAAUGAUUGAUUAAUAUGGAAGAGAUUUGACACAUUUUGUAAACGCACUGGUUAUUGUAAAUGCUCAUGUUUAGCUCUUUAAAUUACUACAAAAAAGAUUUUUUUUAAUUUUUUUUACAUGAUGCACCGUUGUCAAAUAGGCUCUUUCAGUGGCAGUUUUUGUUCUAAAAUGAUAUGAAUGAAUAAAUAAAUAAAUGCAUGAAAUAACAAAGCUUUUUGUCCAUUUAAAAUGUAUCUGUGUUAAACAUUUUUUCUGAUGCGUUCAAGGUUUGAGUGAUUGAAUAAACAUGAAAACUAAUGUAUUUUAAUGAAGUGCCGAAUAAUGUUUUGUUGAUCAAACAAUAUGAAAUAAACUGCAAAGCUAAAGCUAUUGAUUGUGCUACAUAUACAUUCAUCAGAAAAGAAUUUGAAACCACAGCAUAGACUUACUUACGAAUGUACGUGAUUUUUAAAACGCAUGCACACAAACAAGGCUCAUAUAUACAGUGUAUAUAUAUAUAUAUAUGGUUUGGACUUUAUUUUUAGGUCUUUACCUGUAACAGAUUGCCUUUUAUAUAUUCAUACUGUGCACAUUUCCGUAUGUGUGACACUUUUGAUGUAUUUUAUGUUACUCUACGUGAUCAUGUAAAUUGCCACUAGGGUACAAAUAAAGUGUUUAAAAAUGUUA